AUGAAUACUCGAAAUGAAGGGAAACUUACAUUAACUGAAAUGAAAAGAGAAUCAAAAUCAUUUGAAGCUCUUCAACAAGGAAUACUACUUGCAAUAUUAAGUUCAUAUGGAUAUAGCUUUGAUUUAAAACGACCAGAACGUAUGGCAGAAAAAACUUUCCAAUACCUUACUAUUAAUGAAGUAUAUUUUAAUAAUCAACCACUUAAUUUUGGUAGAAUUAUUGAAGAAUUUUGUGAACAACAAUUCCAAUUAGAUAAAACAGAAGAUAUGACACCUAAUCAAUUAAAAAUAGUUAAAAGAAGAAAAGAUUUAAAUAGAACAGCUAUUUCUUUUAGUUGGUUACUUCAAUAUGCUGAACAAAAUGGAGUUUCUUUUGGUAAAAGAAAAACUAAACAAGCAAAGAAAACAGUUCAAUUACCUAAAAUUUACACUGUAACUAUGCCAAAUCCAAGUAUUGUUUAUACUAAAAAAGAAAUUGAAGAAAUUGGUGCUUCAGUACAAAAUCAUAUUUGUAGUUUAUUUGUUAAAAAACAAAAAGAAUUAUUUAUUCCUGCUUAUUAUCAAUUCUUUAAUGAAAUGCUUGGUCUUAAUAUUUUACAAACAAAUAAUACUGAAUCUGUUCAUUCUGAAGAUCUUCAGGUAAUUCAACCAACAAUGAUUAUAAAUUCAGAACCACUUCUUUAUCAGAUUUGUGUUGAUCCUUCUUAUUGUAAUCCUUCUUAUUGCAACCCUUCUUAUGUUUAUCCAUGUGAUUAUCCAUUUUGUUAUUAA